UGAUUCCUUGGGUUGUGGGCACUGCGAUCAAUCCGCGACAAGCUAGGCAUGCACAGUACGGGUCGGAUCGUGCCUUGCGAUAUACUGCCGUCACGGCCCUUGAAGAACAUGAGUUCAAGUUCCACGCGCUGCAAGAUGCAUAGGACGACCCACUCGCAUUAUGGGUGUUGUGUGACGGCCUGAACAGCCGAUUCUCACGGCCGAGGGCUGGUCUAAACUAUGGCUCAGGAACGUUGUUGCGGAACAGCAUGGGAGAACUCCUUUUCUCACGUUGCUUUUGCAGUGAGCAUGGGGUUUGGAACAUCGGAUUCGGGCUCGUAUUUUGUUGGUAUCCCAUGUUGCUAGGAACGCACCAAGCUAGUCGUGUUGGGCAAGGUAGAGAAUGCUGGUUGGACGCCGAAAGCAAGCGUAAGCCAUCGUGUUGCUGCCUCCUGCUCUGGACCGUCCUUGCAUGGAUACACAUGUCCUCUAGGCAUGUCCUGCUGGUAUUUGGCAGGUCAGUGCUUGUGACAAGUGCCCUGAUGGAUGUGCGCCCUCAUUGUAGCCACGAUCCAUGGUGGUCUGAUUUUUGCGUGAGCAUGUUCUCUUGCGAGACACCAAUGGAUCAAGACUUCAGGGGGACGUUGAGAGGCUAGAACGUUGCUGUCAGCUGCUCGACGAGGAUGAAGAAGAAAAGGCUGGGCCCGAUGCCUGGCGUGGGGAGACGCACAGCUGGAUGACAACC